AUGCAUAAAGUGGUGAUAUUUGCUGGGAUUAUUGCUUCCUUUGCGCAAGGUGAGCUCUUCUCAUCCGACGACGCUCGCGAUGACUGGGAGAGGAUCGUAGGUGGAACCAAAGCUGCUAAUGGUUCUGUCCCUUAUCAAGUCUCGCUCCGCAUUUGGGGAGUACGUCAUUUCUGCGGAGCCUCUAUAAUCACACCGAGAGUAAUUUUGACCGCUGCCCAUUGCGUUGACAGACUAAAACCCCAAUACUUCCAAGCGAUCGUUGGCACAAAUCAACUACGAGCUGGCGGCAAAGCCUACACAGUUCGUAAAGUGGUUCAACAUGAAAAGUACGACGAUGACCUGAUUGUGAAUGACAUAGCUAUCGUGUUCACUGACAAAGAGAUAGAAUUCAGUAGCACGGUGGAUGCAGUAGAACUCAACGAUGAACCGGUGGAAAAAGACGAAGAGCUGCUGCUGACGGGGUGGGGGACUACCUCUUACCCCGGUCAUCUCCCUAACGAUCUCAUGCAACUAGAAUUGAAAGCGGUCACUUAUGACGACUGCAAAGAAGCCCACAAAACUGUGAACGCUGUCUUCACUUCGCAAAUAUGUGCCCUCACUAAAGCUGGCGAAGGUGCCUGUCACGGUGAUUCUGGUGGACCAUUAGUUAGAGAAGGACGUCAAGUAGGCGUUGUCUCUUGGGGAAUCCCAUGUGCUAGAGGAAAACCAGAUGUUUAUACAAAGGUCGAAGCCUACAUGGGCUGGAUAGAGAAGACAUUAAUAGACGAUGACGAAGAUCAUUGGAUGUACAUACGAAGGAGAAAAAGCAACAGACAUUAG